AUGAAAGAGUUUUUCUCGACGAAAACUUUACUUUCACUCGUCCAUGAGUUCUCUUCCGACGAGCCAGUCGUUCGAAUCAGCAAAUUCAACCCUUACUUCAAAGUAAGCGAUCUUAAAGCCGGAAACAUUCAUCGAGAUAUAAAUGAUGGCAAUAUUCAAUUCGGGACAUGGUAUCUUCUUGACGAAGCCUUCACUCUUUCGCUGGUUCUUUGUGAUAAAGCGAAUCCAUCUCCGAAUUCAUCUCCCGAAAUGAUCUCACUGAUAUUCUUUCUGAAUGUUAACGACAAUCAGCUCACCAAUAACCGAAAUAUUGUCAGCGAUAAUAAUACCGAUCGAGCGAUAGCAACCACAACAACAAGAAAGACAAUAUCAACAACGCCAACAAUGCCAACAACGAUUCAGUUUUCCCCUAAAACGCAAAUUUUGGUAAUGGGGCGGAUUUUGAGCGCCUCAUUCUCAAUUUCAUUAUAUGGAUCGACAGUGAAGGCAGCAACGAUCACAGCUCCUUCAAACAACUAUCUUGAAGACACUCCUUAUGCUCUUGUCAAAAACGAACUCUUCAUCUUUGGUGGAAGGUCGGAUAAACAAAAACCGAUUUCCCGGUUGAAAUAA